AUGUCAAGGAUUAUUGUGAAGGGCCUCCCUAAAUAUCUUACGGAAGGUAAACUUGAAUCUCAUUUUAGUCAGAAGGGUCAAGUUACCGAUGUGAAAUUAAUGAAAAAGAGAAAUGGAGAAUCACGAAGGUUUGCAUUUAUAGGAUACAAGUCAGCAGAGGAUGCAGCAGAGGCAAUAAAAUAUUUCAACAAAUCAUUCAUAGACACCGCUCGUAUUGAUGUGGAAUCAGCGAAGUCAUUUUCAGCCUCAGAUGUUCCAUUACCUAUGAAGGAACAAAAAAAGAGGAAAGAAGAGAGGCUUCAAGAACAUGAAGAAAGGUUAUUAAGAAUAGAAGAAGAACAGGAGAAGCGAAAUAAAAAACGAAAAACUACAUGUUCAACUUUGGAUGAGGAAAUUGAACAGAAUCCUCGCUUGAAGGAGUUCAUGGAGGUUAUGAAACCUUCUCAUUUGCAAAGAACUACUGCUAGUGAUGAUAUCAUGCCAACGCGUGAGCCUUCGGCAAACCAGACUAACGAAGCAAGUUCGUCAUUUAAUCCAACGAAUGUAAAUAUAAGGAAAGAUGUAACUAUGAUUCCUGAGAAUGAUAGUGAUGAAGAAUACGAGGAGCUUAAGUAUGGAAAAUUAGAAUCUGAAGAUGACGAAGAAAAAGACAUAAAAGAAAUUGAAAAAAAUACGCCACAUACUGGUACCUCUGAGGAUCUUAAUAUAGCAGCUGAUGAAAACAUUUCAGAUCUUGAUUGGUUGAAGUUACGGAGACAUAGAAUGAAGGAGAACAAUCCCAACAUUGAGGAAGAUUCGAAGACACAGAUUGAGAGCAUAGAUGAAGACGCUUCUAAUAAUCUCAAGCAGGAAUUCAGAAACGCAGAAGAGAUUCCUAUAAUUAAAUCUUCGGAGGAUGCAACAGUUCAGAAGAUUUCUCAAACAGGAAGGCUAUUUGUGAGAAACAUCUUGUACAGCUCGACAGAGGAUGAUUUUCGUGAUUUAUUUGAAACUUUUGGGCCCCUAGAAGAAGUUCAUAUAGCUAUAGAUACUAGAACAGGAAAAUCAAAAGGAUUUGUUUAUGUGCAAUUUCUUGACAAUCAAAAUGCUGUCACUGCCUAUCAGGAAAUGGAUAAGCAGAUUUUCCAAGGUAGAUUGUUGCACAUUUUGGCCGCAGACGAAAAGAAAGACCACAGAUUGGAUGAAUUUGAUAUGAAGAAUUUGCCUUUGAAAAAACAAAGGGAAUUGAAGAAGAAGCAACAGGCAUCAAAGAGCCAAUUUAGCUGGAAUUCGUUAUACAUGAAUACAGAUGCAGUUUUGGAAUCUGUUGCCAGCCAAAUGGGUGUCGCAAAGUCAGAUUUGAUUGAUCCGCAAAACUCAAGUUCUGCAGUGAAGCAAGCGCUAGCUGAGGCUCAUGUUAUUGGUGAUGUUCGUAAAUACUUUGAAGAUAGAGGUGUCGAUCUCACCGCUUUCAAUAAAAAGGAAAGGGAAGAUAAAAUUAUAUUAGUUAAAAAUUUUCCUUUCGGGACAACGAAUGAAGACAUAGGGGAAAUGUUUUCGCAGUACGGGCAACUUAAUAGAAUACUCAUGCCUCCUUCAGGCACGAUUGCAAUUGUGGAGUUUAGAGAUCUACCAAGUGCUAGGGCAGCUUUUGCAAAGUUAUCAUAUAGACGUUUCAACAAGAGCAUUCUAUAUUUGGAGAAGGGUCCAAAAGGUUUAUUUUUAAAAGAUGCCGAUCCCAAAGAUGAAACGAAUUUACCGAAGGACUCAAUACCAAAAGCCAUUGAAGCAAAGGUCAAUGCGAAUGAUCUUUUGUUUGAUCACAAUGACGAUGAAAACUUAGAGGGGCCGACGGUAUCUGUGUUUGUUAAAAAUCUCAACUUUGAAACUAAUUCCGAUAAAUUAAGUGAUUUAUUCAAGUCUUUUCUGGGGUUCGUUGUUGCCCUCGUUAAAACCAAACCUGAUCCUCAUGAUAAAUCAAAGGUACAAAGCAUGGGUUUUGGAUUUGUUGAAUUUAGGACAAAAGAACAAGCAGAAAUAGCCAUAAGAACGUUAGAUGGACAAAUAUUUGAUGGCCACCGCUUGCAAUUGAAAUUAUCACAUCGCCAGACUACUCAAAGUAAGAAUUCAAAUAAAAAUUUGGUCAGGUCUAACAAACUCAUUGUCAAGAAUUUACCCUUCGAAGCUACAAGGAAGGACGUUCUAGAGCUUUUCAGUGCGUUUGGCCAAUUGAAGUCAGUAAGGGUACCUAAAAAGUUCGACAGAUCAGCUAGAGGAUUCGCAUUCGUUGAGUUUUCGACUUCAAGAGAAGCCGAAACUGCUAUAGAUCGCUUACAAGGAGUCCAUCUUCUUGGUCGUAAGCUUGUGAUGAAUUUCGCUGAACAAGAAUCGGAGGAUCCUGAUGCAGCUAUAACAAAAAUGACGGAACGUGUCAAGAAACAAAUGGCAACAAGAGAGUUGGCAGCUACCAGACUUGCAGGUAAGGGAAAAAUAGAUAUCGGGGAAGAAGAGGAAGAUUUAUUGUAA